CACGAUAUUAUGUACAUAGAAAUCGGGUUUUUGAAUUGAGGAUAUUCCAUCCAAGUCUAGUUUUCUUGAUACGUAAGAGUUUGAGUAUUUGCGUUAAUUAGUAAUUAACCUAUUUAAAACAGAUGUCCAAAAGUAAAAAUUCCGGUUAAUCCUACUCAUCUCACCUCUUCCCCGCCACCGCCUCCCUCUGCCGUUAGCCACCACCUGUAAUUCUAUGAAACCAAAAUGAGGAUUUUAGGAAAAAUUCUCCUCCUCUUCUUCCUCUUCGCUGCACCAUCCACGGCGGAUAUCAGAUCCGUGAAGAUCCGAUCCCAUAACCGAGAUAUAAUCUUCUUUUCGGAGUUCGAAUACUCACAUACCGGUUACGUUUCCGUCGCUGUCUCCUCCGUCGGGAUCUCCUCCAUUCCGGUCACCUCCAACUCAUCACAACCUGAUCCAUCACGUAUUGGUUUCUUUCUUCUUUCGGAUGAACUGCAACACAGAUACAAUCUUGAAUUCGAUCGAAACCCUGAUUUGUGCGCAUUGGAUAUCAAAUUCAUCACAGUUCUCUAUACUUUCCAAAAUCUUACCCCUCCUCCUCAAUCAUCCUUUAACAAAUCGUACAAUGUCAUAUAUCCAGGUGAAUACUCACUCUACUUCGCCAAUUGCAACGACCUAUCACUCGUCACCAUGGAUGUCCGCACAGAACUCUACAACACCAAUGACGACGGAACCACCAAAGAUUAUUUAUCAGCCGAGCAACCUCAGCCAUCUCUCUACUUCAAUUUCUUCUACAUUUAUCUCUGCUUCUUAUCGAUAUGGAUCGAAGUAUACUUCAGGAACAAGCAAUAUUUUCAGAAGCUCCAUUUAGUAAUGGGUGUGUUGCUUGUGAUGACUCUCCUUAACUUAUUCUGCAAGGGGAUGGAUCAACAUGAUUUCAAGGUUACAGGUACUCAUCAUGAAUGGCAUGUCUUGUUUUACGUAUCUCAGUUUAUGAGGAAUGUGCUUUUGUUCACUGUAAUCAUGUUGAUCGGUGUCGGAUGGGGUAUCUGGAGGCGGGUUUUGCCAGAAUGGGCAAUAUUCAUUUGGACGAUUGUUAUCCUAUUUCAGGUUUGGGCUAUUGUAAGUUAUACAGUCGUAGGGCAAUCUGUUUCAUAUAUUGAAGAGCAUGCUUUGAAUGAAAGUUUUGGUGUUAUAGAUGGCUUCUGUUGCUUCGUUGUUUUUUCCCACACUUUUUGCUCUGGUAUAGCUUUCAAAGAGUCUAAGGAUACAUCAACCUUUAUGAGGUCGUUUAUCUCGAUCAAGGAGACUUCUGUUAGGCCGGAUGUUUUCCCUUUCGUGUUUUUAGUAUACAUUAUUUUCUUUAGGUGGACUACCGAGGAAAUCGGCAAUCUCUUGUUCUAUAUUGUGAUGUUUUACCUGUUCAGGCCAUUUGAUCUUGACGAUGAAGGUGUGGGAAUUCUGGAUGAUACUGGUGAUAAAGUGUGAGAUAUUUAACUUGAUCUUCAAGUAUUCUAUCAUGGAACAGUUUCAUGUGUUUAGUGUUUUGACAUAAGUGAUAGGUUGAUGGGUGUUUUGCGAAUCAUGAGCUAAGUUAUAGCUUUGGUGGAACUUCGACUUGUAGUUAGGUUUGCACGCUUGCAUUUGCAAUGAGUAAAUUACAAUUCUAUGUUCCAUCCUUAUAUAGGCAUUCACAAUGUAAAUACAUUUACACACGUAAUCUUUUUAUAAUUCAUACAACUAUAUUUUUUUUA